AUGCAGGACGGUAACUUCCUGCUGUCGGCCCUGCAGCCAGAGGCUGGCGUGUGCUCCCUGGCGCUGCCCUCAGACCUGCAGCUGGACCGCAGGGGCACCGAGGGGCCGGAGGCCGAGCGGCUGCGGGCGGCCCGCGUCCAGGAGCAGGUCCGUGCCCGCCUCCUGCAGCUGGGCCAGCAGCCGCGGCACAACGGGGCAGCCGAGACCGAGGGUGCGGCGGAGGCAGCCCGAGGCACAUCCAGGGGUCAGUACCACACCCUGCAGUCUGGCUUCAGCUCGCGUUCCCAGGGCCUGAGUGGGGACAAGACCUCGACCUUCCGACCGGUCGCCAAGCCGGCCUACAGCCCGGCCACCUGGUCCUCUCGCUCGGCUGUGGACCUGAGCUGCAGCCGGAGACUGAGCUCAGCCCACAACGGGGGCGGCGCCUUUGGGUCCCCGGGGUACGGGGCCACCCAACCCCUGCUGCCCAUGCCCACCCGGCCAGUGUCCUUCCAUGAGCGAGGGGGGGUAGGGAGCCGUGCCGACUACGACACGCUGUCCCUGCGCUCACUGAGGCUGGGCUCUGGGGGCCUGGACGACCGCUACAGCGUGGUGUCCGAGCAGCUGGAGCCUGCGGCCGCCUCCUACAGGGCCUUCGCCUAUGAGCGCCAGGCCGGCUCCAGCUCAGGCCGGGCAGGGGGGCUGGACUGGCCAGAGGUCAUCGAGGGCCCCCCCAGCCGGACCAUCCGUGCCCCCGCCAUGCGGACCCUACAGCGGUUCCAGAGCAGCCACCGGAGCCGGGGGGGUGCCGGGGGGGUCGGGGGGCCUGUCCUGGACCCCGUGGCCCGAGCACCCUCCGUGCGCAGCCUCAGCCUGAGCCUGGCAGACUCGGGCCACCUGCCGGACGUGCGUGGGCUGGACAGCUUCGUUGGCCAUCGCAGUCUGCAGAGGCUCAGCAGCGGCUUUGAUGACAUCGACCUGCCCUCUGCAGUCAAGUACCUCAUGGCCUCAGAUCCCAACCUGCAGGUGCUGGGAGCCGCCUAUAUCCAGCACAAGUGCUACAGCGACGCGGCCGCCAAGAAGCAGGCCCGCAGCCUGCAGGCGGUGCCGCGGCUGGUGCGGCUCUUCAACCACGCCAACCAGGAGGUGCAGCGCCAUGCCACCGGCGCCAUGCGCAACCUCAUCUACGACAACGCCGACAACAAGCUGGCGCUGGUGGAGGAGAACGGCGUCUUCGAGCUGCUGCGGACGCUGCGGGAGCAGGACGACGAGCUACGCAAGAACGUCACGGGGAUCCUGUGGAACCUGUCCUCCAGCGACCACCUGAAAGACCGCCUGGCCCGGGACACCCUGGAGCAGCUCACAGACCUGGUGCUGAGCCCCUUGUCGGGGGCCGGGGGCCCCCCCCUCAUCCAGCAGAACGCCUCGGAGUCCGAGAUCUUCUACAACGCCACCGGCUUCCUCAGGAACCUCAGCUCGGCCUCCCAGGCCACUCGCCAGAAGAUGCGCGAGUGCCACGGCCUGGUGGACGCCCUGGUCACCUACAUCAAUCACGCCCUGGACGUGGGCAAGUGUGAAGACAAGAGCGUGGAGAACGCCGUGUGCGUGCUGAGGAACCUGUCCUACCGCCUGUACGACGAGAUGCCGCCGUCCGCCCUGCAGCGGCUGGAGGGCCGCGGCCGCAGGGACCUGGCAGGGGCGCCGCCCGGCGAGGUGGUCGGCUGCUUCACGCCGCAGAGCCGGCGGCUGCGGGAGCUGCCUCUCACGGCCGACGCGCUCACCUUCGCCGAGGUGUCCAAGGACCCCAAGGGCCUGGAGUGGCUGUGGAGCCCGCAGAUCGUGGGGCUGUACAACCGGCUGCUGCAGCGCUGCGAGCUCAACCGGCACACGACCGAGGCGGCCGCCGGCGCCCUGCAGAACAUCACCGCGGGCGACCGCAGGUGGGCGGGCGUGCUGAGCCGCCUGGCCCUGGAGCAAGAGCGCAUCCUGAACCCCGUGCUGGACCGCGUCCGGACCGCCGACCACCACCAGCUGCGCUCGCUGACCGGCCUCAUCCGAAACCUGUCCCGGAACGCCAGGAACAAGGACGAGAUGUCCACGAAGGUGGUGAGUCACCUGAUCGAGAAGUUGCCGGGCAGCGUGGGUGAGAAGGCGCCCCCAGCAGAGGUGCUGGUCAACAUCAUAGCCGUCCUCAACAACCUGGUGGUGGCCAGUCCCAUCGCUGCCCGAGACCUGCUCUACUUCGACGGGCUGCGAAAGCUGGUCUUCAUUAAGAAGCAGCGGGACAGCCCUGACAGCGAGAAGUCAUCCCGGGCGGCCUCCAGCCUCUUGGCCAACCUGUGGCAGUACAACAAGCUGCACCGUGACUUCCGGGCGAAGGGCUAUCGGAAGGAGGACUUCCUGGGCCCCUAGAGGCGACCCCUGGAGGAGGAGGAGGAAGUGGAGCAGCCGGGGCUCCGAGGGACAGCCCCGGUACCGGCCCAGCCUGCAGGAGAAGGCUGGUGGUCUGGGGGCUCACAGGAGCUGCGUGUGCACCGUCCAGGGCCUGGCAAGGGGUGGGAGCUUGCAGCUGGGGCUUGGCUUUGCAGGGCAGGGGUGGGCAGCAGCGCUUGAGGCUGCUCUGAUGCACAAGGUGGACACUGGUCACACUGGCAGAUCUGGGGGCAGCAGCACUGGGAAUAAAGGUGGCU